AGCCCUGGCCCCAUGCACCCCCACCACCCUCUCCUGCCCCAGCUGCCGUGCCCCUCACCCGUGCAGCCCCCUGCUGAAGAGGCGCCUCAGCCGGCAGCCCCCCUGGAACCUUCCGUGCCGGCCCCGGGCCCUGUGACCACUGAGGAGAGCCCCCAGCUGCCACCCCUCAACGUCGUGCCCCCGGAGGCUCCUGGGGACGAGCAGGAGGUGAAGCCACGUCCCAUCAUCCCCAUGCUGUACGUGGUGCCGCGGCCCAGCCAGGCUGUCUGUGACAAGGGCCGCGUGUCCUGCCAGCAGGCCUUUGAGCACUUUGUCCAGAAGGGCCCCACGUGGAAGGAGCAGGCAGCCCCCAUGGAGCUGACAGGUCCCGAGGAGGAGAGUGGACCUCCUGGCGAGGUGCAGGCGGCAUCAACGUUUUCCAAGUUGAAGAUGGAAAUCAAGAAGAGCCGGCGUCACCCUCUGGGCAAGCCACCCACACGGUCCCCACUCUCCGUGGUCAAGCAGGAAGCCUCAAGUGACGAGG